CUGAGAGCGCUCUGAGCAUGUAAGAGAAACUCAAUUAGAAAAGAAGGACAGGGUGAUUAAAAGAGAUGUGAAAUAGCAAUCAAUGCACAGACUGUUAAUUAAGACUAUGUGAGACUGAACACCUGAGAGAAACACAAUUAAAAAGGAUAAUAUUUGGAUAUCUCAUGGGAGUCCAAGAAGAGUGGAAUUAAGUUGGACGACUCGAAAACACUCUUCUGCUGCUUCUAUCUUAGUUCAUGGAGGAAGAGGACGCAUGGAGCCUGGAGAACACCUCCAUGCACAUGAACAUUUCCCUAGUCUCAAAUGAUUCCUCUCCAGUCUCUCUGCCUGGCUUGGAGUACAGCGAUGCAGAGGUGGUCUUAAUUAGCAUCUUGAUGGGACUGCUGGUUCUGGGCAUCGUCUUCGGCAACAUGCUGGUCAUCAUCGCCAUUGUACGAUUCCAGCGUUUGCAGACAGUCACCAACUACUUUAUAAGCUCUUUAGCCUGUGCCGAUUUGGUCAUGGGCCUCCUGGUGGUGCCUUUCGGCGCAUGCUACAUUCUCCUCAACACGUGGCACUUUGGAAAUUUCUUCUGUGAGUUCUGGACCGCCACAGAUGUGUUGUGUGUGACAGCUAGUAUUGAGACACUGUGCGUGAUCGCCCUGGACCGGUAUGUGGCAAUUAUGUGGCCUUUGCGCUAUCAGUCCAUGCUUACAGAGCGGAAGGCUUGCGGGGUGGUACUAGGUGUGUGGGCCGUCGCUGCCCUGAUCUCCUUUCUACCCAUCCACAUGGAGUGGUGGGUGUCAGAUGAACCUGAGGCAUUGAGCUGCAUGGACAACCCUUACUGCUGUGACUUCAACACCAACGCCGCCUAUGCCGUGACCUCCUCCAUAAUCUCCUUCUACAUACCCCUCAUUAUAAUGGCUUUCGUAUAUAGCAGGGUCUUCCAGGAGGCCCGCAGGCAGCUUCAGAAAAUCGAUCGUAUCGAGGGCCGGAUACGAACACAAAGCUUCAGUACCCAAGAGGGAAAUGAGGUGAAGAACAAGAGGACCAGGUUCGGCAUGAAAGAUCACAAAGCCUUGAAGACAUUGGGAAUCAUUAUGGGAACGUUCACCCUAUGUUGGUUGCCUUUUUUUGUGCUCAAUGUGGUUGCGGCCAUCUGGAAGACGGAUAAUAUCACACUGCCCUUCAGGAUAUUGAACUGGAUUGGUUAUGCAAACUCAGCUUUCAACCCAUUAAUCUACUGCAGGAGCCCCGAAUUUAGAGGUGCAUUUCAAGAGAUCCUGUGCUUGAGAACUUCUCAUCUGCCCUCCACAAGGAAUAACAAAGGAUAUAUCUGCAGUGGCCACAGCUGGCAGGUGCACAUGAAGACCACCAGACAACGAGAGCUCUCGCCUUCUAACUGUGAAACAGUGACUGGGGCUGAAUGUUUGACCGCAGGCACCAAAAACACAAAUGGGAAUUGUAACAAAGCUGUCAUUUAGGCAAUAUUGAACACAAGUAACCUCAGCCUUCAUAUUCCCUCUACCUUGUUUUAAAGCACUACAGAUAUUAGUGGAUAAUUGGAAUGGAGCUGGUGUAUCUGGAUAUAAAGAUUAUUACCCAGAUACUAUUUGGAUAUGAAAUGCAUGAAAAUGCUAGAUGUAAAUGGGGCCACUGUGAUACCUUGUUGAGUCCGAACAAAUGAAAAUGGAUAUUAGCAUCUGUGCUUUGCUUGUGGUACAAUGAGGGAAUGUGUUUGGUAGUGCGGCACAUAAAAUCCAGGUUAGAGAUUGAAAGUGAAGAGUCAACAUCUGGAUUCCAUUUACUACCUCAUGACAUUCGUGUCUCAACUGAAACCCAUGUGGAUACUCUGCUGAUAAAGCAGCUAAAACCAACCUAAGCUGUUUGGCUGUUCUUAGUUGGUCUCCCUAGACCAACUUGGCCAUUAUGGGAGACUUACUUAGACCAGCUAUGACCAGCUUAGGCUGGUUAAAGCAGGGUUUUUUUUUUCAGUAGGGUAGUCAUUUCAUAUUUUUCAAAAUGCCUCAACUAUAGCAAGCCCUUUUGACAUUAAAUAACAUGCAGAAUAUGAAUUAUAGAUAUCAACAAUUGAAUUGAAAUAGAGUUAAAAUGCUUAUUCUUGAUAUCAGGAAUGGAAAUACUACUACUGAGACUGCUACUUUUUGAUAUCAGUAAUUAGGUUUGGGCUAGUAAAAACUAGGGCUGUCAAUCGAUUAAAAUUUGACAUUAAAUGACAUGCUGAUUAAUUAUGUAAUUAAUCACUUAUAUAAAUAUUUGGAUAAUAUUUGGAUCAAUUAUGUAAUCAUUUAAUAAUGAACCAUGGAAAAACCCAUAUCGAUAGACCACUAUUAUGAAUACUGUGGGGUACAUGUCCCUGUCAAAGUCUAUGGUGGUUACGGCCCUGUUUAAAUGCAAAAACGUGUUCUCAUCUUGUUCUGACCCUAGUGUCAAGCAAGCCUGAGUGUCGUUUGUUGUGAACCUGAAAACAGGUGGUACUUCAAGCUUGAAUUGCUCAGAUGGUAGGAAUAUUUAUUUUUACGAUCAGGGCCAUGAUUAACUGCGUUCAUUUUUUGAACACAAUAUUUUUUAUAUAAUGAACACUGAAUUAAUACAUUCAAUUGACAGCCCAAGUAAACACUUUGAUAUCAAAAAUGACAUCACUACACGCUGAAACCCAUUCUUUAUAUAAAAAAUUACAUUUUAACUAGUUAAUUUCUACUAGUAGUGUGUGUUAUACCAUAACAUGUGGAAGAUGGAACUUUAAGAGCAACUGAAUCAGUUGUUUUGUCACAAACAGACUUGUUACAUUCCAUUAAGAGCUUGCAUAGGCUCACUUAAAGCCACAAUCUUCAAUUUCUGUCUGAACCCUCCACCAGAGAGAGGAAAUAUAACCCUCUGAUGUGGGACAACAGGUGCACAUUGCCGUCUGUGCUAUAACCAGCUGUUCUUGUCAAAAGGAAAAAGAGCCAAGCAGUUCUCUCCAACCCCUGCACUUCAACCUUACCCCGUUAACAUUUUCACUGGGAAAACAUUUUAAGGUUACAGCCGGAGCUGUACAUAUAAAGGGUCAUGUGCUCAAACUGUUUGUAAUUUAGGAAGCAAGUUUCCAUUCACAGGCAUGGCAGGCUGGGUGGCAAAAUCAUGAUGGUGUAUUUAACACGUCACUAUUUGCAAUGAAGUUACAAGUACGGUGUCAAGCAAUUCUCUUUGCUAAUCAUUAUGCUUUCCAUAAUGUUGUAUGUAAACCUCAAAGCUAUUUCAACAGUCCCUUCAGGAAUACAGCAACUAGAAUUUAUGGUUGUGUAAUAGACGUUACUGUUACGUUGUCCUGUUUACAGAAACUCUGAACAAACUGUCCAUAGGGCAAAUGCUGCAAAACCACCAAAUAUUGAUCCGACAGCUGAUUAUUUCCAUCUGCUUUAUGUUUAUAGCCCUGGCAAUGCAUUUAAUCAUGACAAAGACAUUUCUGGAAAGUAUCUAACAAUUAAAAAAUGACAACGGGCAUACACCUAUACACAGCGUUCUGCUCUUUGACUUUACAUGAGCUCCCUUCCUGUGUCUAUGUGUGUGUGUAUACAUGCAUGUAUGUGAUGUGUAUGUACAACAGGAAAAUAAGAAGUGAGACAGCUCAUGUGUCUGUAUUCAGGCAGUAAGGCAUGACUUGUUCAGUGAUAACAGUAGGCUAUAUAAGUAUUUCUAAAAAUCUAUUUAAUAUUGUUUUUGUGAUGAACAUUCUUUGGGAUAAAAACUUGAAUCACUUUCAUAACGUAAAGCAUUAGGGUGCUUUGUUGUUGGUACUGUAUUAAUGAACAUCUGCUUCUUGUGUAGUAAUUAUUCAUUGAAGUCAAACAUUGUCUUAUGCUUUGUGUAUGAAGUAUUUAGCAAAUCGAUGGAUAAAGCAGUUUAUGAAUGUGGCCUUAUGUUUCAGUGCAGUGUUUUGUCAGCACAUGUUUGAAAUGUUCUUUGCUUAGUACGUGUCAUUCCAUGAUACAAAUGUUCUUGUUUGCCAAGUGCAACUGUUUCCUCUUUGCUCUUUUUACCACAAAGGUGUUCUGUUUUAAAAUGUUUUAUUUUAUUUAUUUAUUUUUGUAUGUCGAGCUCCUGAAUGUACUAA